AUGUCAAGGCACCAAGUAAAGCUGGUCAUUCCUUAUGGCUUGAAGACGCUGCUGGAAGGGGUCAGCAGAGCUGUGAUAAGGAGACAGCCGGAAAACAUUCAAAUAUUUGCUUCUUGCUACUUUACAGAACUACUGAAGUUCAGAGAUGCUGGCCAGUUACCUGCAGCCGCUUGCCACAACAGGAGAAUGCUUGAAACUCCAGCGUUUGCUGACACAGUGUUAAGAGGUGCAUCUGUGGUGUCUCCAGAACCAAUGUUACCUGAUGAUACCCACGAGAUAACCCAUAUUCAUUAUGAAUCUUCAUCUAUACGAGACAAAUCAGUUCCUACUACGGGUUCAUCAGAACACUCAGCGUCCACUCUUGAGGCUCCCAAUUGUGAAAUCUCUGCAGAUCAGUUGAGGCACAGUUGUAGUUUUGAUUCCAUUUCAACAAUCUCACCGGAGAGCAUUUGCCCACCACUUUCUCAGGAGGCUGAUUUAUGUAAACCUGACUCACAGAAAGAAACUCUGGUUUACUAUCAGGGAGUAGCUCUGUCUCCUCAGGAAAUUUGCUAUGAUAUUCCAGGUUUCCAAAAUUUUCAAUCUGUUUACCAAAAGAUUUAUUCUGCUACCAGGCUUCCGUCUGUUGAGAAAAUGCCUUUAGCCCAAGCGGAUCAUGGUUUUGAAGACGCAGAAAGCCUGAAAAUGCCUCCUUUACAUCAUAUAAUUCUAAACUCAGGUCCUUGCGUGCCUUAUGACCCUAGUACAGUUAAAUCUUCUCAUGCAGAAUUGGGGUCUUCUUUUAAGGAACAUGGGCCUGGGGUGGCAGCUUUUCAUAAAGUUUUGUCAGCUUGUGAAGAGCAUGGUACUGAUUCAAGGUCAGUCUAUGAUUCCAGUAAGUAUAAUUUCGAAUCAGGCAUUGCGAGGAGCCCUUCCGGUGAUCAGGAUCCAAAUGCCAGAUGUGCCGUUCAGUCAGUAGUGUUUCAAAGAGUUCCAUCAGGCGUAUAUGACACCUCAAACUCUGUGUUAAUUAAUACCCCUGCUAUUCCUGAAGAGGAGGUAAUAAUUGUUCAUUCCGAGAAUGUUCCGGAAGCAGUAGUAUUCCAUAAACUAAACGAAGAAUCUUGUACAAGCCAGAGUUUAUUGGGUCCUGAUGAAUCAACCGGUUUGCAUGAAAAGAUUCAGGAUGAACAAUCAACAUUGGGAAAGGAAUACCAAGUGGUAGUGUUCCAAAGAGUUCCAUCAGCCAGUCAGCCGGCUACUCCUUCAGCUACUCAAACAGUCAAUCAGGAGACAGCACCUGUGAAUGCUGUGGCGCAUUCAUCAGCAGAAGCGCUUACCCCUCAUUGCAAAUCUUCAGAUUCUGGUGUUGGGGUACAUACUGAAAAAGCAGAGAAUGGCAAACAAGAAUGUGUCACUGCACAACAGAAAGCUGAAGCUUUACCCGAUGAGGCUGGCAGCAAGAAAGAAAACUCUAGUCAGGACGAUGCAGGAGAAGUUUGGACACUUUAUUGUCUGGCAGAUUUUGGGGCACAAGGGAAUAUGAUGCAGGCUCAGCAGUAUGGUUCACCAAUGCAACAAUUUGUACCUGAACAGCCUUUUUACCCAAUGUACCAGGGCACUUCCCCAGAGACCAAGCGCCCCUCAGUUUGUUUUGGUAAAUUCUCCUUCUAA